AACCGGUAAACAUAAGUAAGUGUGUCUCUGAGCUCUGUGAUCCACUCUAGCAAAUUAAUUGAACCCAAAAAGGAGGUCGUGGGAACUCAACUUGAAGCCAGUUGGUCAGAAGUUCUGGAGGCCUAGACUUGUGCCUGGUGUGGUUGAGGGGGGCAGUCUUGGAGACUGAACCCUCAACCUGUGGGGUCUGACAAUGUCUCUGGGUAGAUAGUGUUGGAACUGAAUUAGAGGACACCCGGCUGAUGUCCACUGCUUUUGGUGGGGAAACCCCACACACAUUUGGUCACUGAAGUCUUCUGUGUUGAUGAUUGUGAUGGCAUGAGAGUAGAGGAAAAACACGAUUUGAGGAGAGUUUUUCCUAAAACACGGGGCAAUCACAGAACACUCCUGGGAUGGUUGUUCCUCCCUUUACAGAUUAGGUAUGGGUCCAGAGGUCAUGGCUAGUUUAAGAGAAGUUCUACAGUAAGUUAAUGGUAGCAGAAUCCUAGAUCUGAGGUCUGACUUUGCUGUGAGAGGGGGUUGCGGUGGGCGGGGAGGAGGGUUUAUUCUUGCACGUGUGGGUACUGAUAUGGUUUGGGUGUGUCCCCACCCAAAUUUUAUCUUGAAUUGUAACUCCCACAAUUCCCACAUGUCAUGGGAGGAACUUGUUGGGAGGUAAUUGAAUCGUGGGGCUGGGUCUUUCCUGUGCUGUUCUGGUGACCGUAAUAAGUCUCACUGAUCUGAUGGUUUUAAAAGUGGGAGUUUCCCUGCACCAGCCCUCUCUUUCUUUGCUUGCCGCCAUCCAUGUAAGAUGUGAUCUGCUCCUCCUUGCCUUCUGCCAUGAUUGGGAGGCCUCCCUAGCCAUGUGGAACUGUAAGUCCAUUAAUCCUCUUUUUCAUCCCAGUCUCAGGUAUGUCUUUAUCAGCAGCGUGAAAACGGACUAAUACAGGCAUCAAGGCACCCACAGGCUACUCUGGGGAGACUGAUGUGUCAGCCCAUUAGUGCAAUAAGCAGGGAAGCUCUGUCCAGGGAAGAGUAUGUCUGGGGGCCCAGAAGGGGUGGGUCAGGUAAGGCUUCAAGGUGAUUCAGGCUCUGAACUAUGAAAAGAGAGUUCAGAGUUUACCAAGUGGACUGGAAACAGAGUGUUCCAGGCUGAGAGUGGCAGGAGCUGGGACAAGGAAGUGUGGCACAGCUUCCUUGUGGAGAGAAAAUUGGAAAAGUGCAAGACAGGCCCAGGGACCAGUUACAGUGGCUUGGUGAGAGAGAAUAUGGCUGAGGCAGGACUGGUGGUGGUGAGAUCAAGUGACAACACAGGAGGUAGAACUGACGAGCUCCCUAAUUUGAGACCAGGUGCUGUGUCUCACGCAUGUAAUCCCAGCACUUUAGGAGGCUUGAACCCAGGAGUUUGAGACCAGCCUAGGCGAUAUAGCAAGACCCUGUUUCUUCAAACACACACACACACACACACACACACACACACAAAUUAGCCAGGUAUGGUGGUGCACACCUGUGGUCCCAGCUACUUGGGAGGCUGAGGCAGGAGGAUGGCUUGAGCAUGGGAGUUCGAGGCUGCAGUGAGCUAUGAUCAUGCCACUGCACUCCAGCCUGGGUGACAGAGGGAGACCCUGUUUCUAAAAAAGAAAAACAAAUAUCUAAUUUGGGACCAUGAGUGGCACUCACUUGCCAUGUCCUGUUAGCCUGGUCCCUGGAUGCCUGUGUGAAGGGAGACAGCCUCAUAAACCAGUCCACUGGCCUGGAACUGAUGCCCUAGCAAGAAAUGCACUUCUGUUGUGUUUGAGCCAUUACAUUUGGAAUCUAUUGGUCAUUGCAGCAGAACUUACCUUCAUUAAUAUAGCCUCUCCCUAGCUGGGAACACUAUACCAAACCAUGUGUUGGGGGAGAGAGGAAGAAACGAGGAUAUUCCUCUCUUCUUUGAAGCUUACAAAUUUCGUUGGAACUACGUAUGGAAAAAGGAGAACAUUUACCAGGCUCUUCAGAUCUAAGAGUUGCCUGUUCUUCAAGUGGGCAUACUGCCUCUGUUUCUAUGGGCUCCUGAGAUGACCCAGUACCUUGGAGCUCCUCCAGCCCUGGGAGCCAGCAGAAAAGCCACCUGUUGUCUGUAAGGAAGUACCCACAGGCCUGGCUGAGCUCAUUACAGCAGAGAGCCAGCAACGCUUCCUCCUCUUAGAUUCCGUCAUGUUAGACAAUCUGCCUGCUCUCCCCACUAACCGUCAAAGUUCCAUGGAAUGAACUUGCCACUUUUUCAGCAUCCUAACCACCUGCUACCUCUGGCACUUGGAAUUUCAGAGACAAAAGCCCUUUUUUAGGCAGCGAGCCCUGAUUUUCAGUUCCAAAGCUAUGGGCACUGCUGGGUGGGACCAGAGGAGUGGUGUGCAGUGAGCUACCUGGAGGGGUUGCAUGAGACCAUGUCCCCUCUCCUGGAUGGAGGUGUCUUCUGGUUGCCAAGAAAGUAUAGAGUGAUAAUCAGAAAAAUUCCUUGAUUUUCAUGGUUUGUUGCUUUGUAGCAGGUCUUAAGGAAAAAAAAGAUUUUCAUGGUUUGGGACAGGUCCUUAGAGAUGGGCCACACCAGCCCUGGCACACCUGAGCCCAGUGUUGGGCCACCUCACACCUCUCUCGCCUCUCUUCCAGCUUUAUCUUUGUCCUGCUCUUUCUGGAGUCCUUUCCUUGCAUCCUGCCAGCUGGCAUCCCCUUCAUCCUUGCACGCCUACCUUCUACACAAAGCCUUCCAUGACCUUCCCAAGCCUCAGGGCUGAUUCCGUGCAGUGGGCAGGCUGUAGCCUCUCUGUUCACCUCUCUGUGUCACAUCUUAGUGGGUACAUGUCCAGUAAAUUCCCCACAACUGAGAUUCUGCUUUGCCUGAGCAGUGCCCUCUGGCUCCUUAGGGAUGAUGCUUGCUGAGGGGUUUCCUGGCUUUAAGGUCAUGGUUCAGGCUGGGCGCAGUGGCUCACACCUAUAAUCCCAGCACUUUGGGAGGCCGAGGUGGGCAGAUCACUUGAGGCCAGGAGUUUGAGACUAGCCUGGCCAACAUGGUGAAACCCCGUUUCUACUAUAGCCGGGCGUGGUGGCAGGUGCCUGUAAUUCCAGCUGCUUGGGAGGCUGAGGCAUGAGAAUCGCUUGAGCCUGGAAGGUGGAGGCUUCAGUGAGCCGAGAGCAUGCCACUGCCCUCCAGCCUGAGCGACAGAGCCAGAUUCGUCCCCCUACCCCCAAAAAAGGGGUCAUGGUUCAGACCUCCAUUGUAGGCCCACCCCCUUGCUUUACUAGCUGAGGGACCUUGCCUAAAUUCUUUAGCCUCUAGGAGCCUAAAUUUCCUUAUCUGCAAAAUGGAGAUUAAUAAAACUUACCUUGCAGGACCUUUGUGAAAAAAACAAAAACAAAAAAACUUGAGAAGGCAUUCAAAGCACUUAGUUCGUGAUCAAUAAAUAUUAGCUUAUUGUUUUUCUAAGACGAUGAGUAGGAUUUUUCAUCAGAAAUAAAUCAUUCUGGUUGCCUUGGGCAAAAUAAUCUGCAAUAUAAAAUAUCUAUAAUAAAUGGCUGCUGUGUAUUCAUUGCUACUGUGUGCCAGGCACCAUGUUAAAACACUUUAUAAAAAUGAUCUCAUUGAGGCCUUUCCACAACUCUUUUUUUCUUUUUUUUGAGAUGGAGUUUCGCUCUUGUUGCCCAGGCUGGAGUGCAAUGGCAUGACCUCCGCUCACUGCAACCUCUGCCUUCCCGGUUCAAGUGAAUCUCCUGCCUCAGCCUCCUGAGUAGUUGGGACUACAGGCAUGUGCCACCAUGCCAGGCUAAUUUUUUGUAGAGACAGUGUUUUACCAUGUUUGCCAGGCUGGUCUCGAACUCCUGACCUCAGGUGAUCCACCCACCUCGGCCUCCCAAAGUGCUCGGAUUACAGACGUGAGCCACCGUGCCUGGCCCUUAUCCACAACUCUUAAAGUAGGUGCUAAUAUUUGCAGUAAGUAGAUGGAGAUGGCUUAUCUUUCGCUGAGUUAGCUUGGUCUGAUUUGAGCUGGCAAUACACUGCCUUCCAGGUCAUUGUCCUGCCUGUGGGUCUUUGCACAUCCAGACCACACUUCCUUCCUCUUUACCUAAAUCUACCUCUUUCUCAUCCUUGGAGAGAAGUAUUUGCACCCUUCCUUUGCCCCCAGUCUUUCUUUUUUAUUUUUUCAUUUCAUUUAUUAUUAUUAUUAUUAUUAUUAUUCAAGACAGAAUCUCACAGUCACCUAGGCUGGAGUGCAGUGGAAUGAUCAUGGUUCACUGUAGCCUCAAACUCCUGGGCUCAAGCAAUCCUCCCACCUCAGCUUCCCGAGAAGCUGGGACUACAGGUGUGCACCAACAAGCUCGGCUAAUUUUUGUAGGUCUCGCUAUGUUGCCCAGGCUGGUCUCCAACUCCUGGGCUCAAGCGAUCCUCCCGCCUUGGCCUCCCAAAGUGCUGGGACUGUAGGCAUGAGCCACCGUGCCUGGCCAUGCCCAAUCUUUCUUACUGCAGUUGGUGAUACAUGGUUUUGGUUUUCUCUAUACAUGUAUUUUUUGGUGGUGUGUUUAAUAUCUGUCUUUUCCCAGACUGUCGCCUCCAUGAAAGCAGGAACCUUGUCUGUUUUCUCUUCAAGUUAUCCCUCCAACGCCUAGCACAGUGCCUGGCAUAUGUAGGAGCUCAACAGGGUUUGCGGAAUUAUUAUGUGUAUGUCUGAAGGAAGGAUGUUGGCAGUGCGCCCAACGUGUGAGGGGAGCCCCACUCUCCAAGGUUCCAGUGGCUUUAAAGGUGUCCUCGAGAAAAUCAGAGGAACAGGGGGACGCUUGUUUUCCUUUCUUCCUUCCCUCCCUUUCUCUCUCUCUCUCUCUUUUUGCUUUAAAGUAUGCUGAAAGGACACUUUAAACCAAGUCUGAAUGGCUCGGCAGGACUGGGGCGCGGGUGCUGGCAGGAGCCGGAGAGGCGACAUCUGGCCAUGGGAGCAUUUGUUUCAAAGUUCAAGGCCGUUCGCUCAGGGUCAAGGUUAGUCCGGCGGGCCGUUCGGAGACCAGCCCCAGCGUGCCAGGACCGUUUCCGGGGCCUGGCCGGGGCGUUGCCGCGGGGUCGGGGACCAGCACGAGUGCUGAGUCACGCCCCGCCCGGGAGCGCCUCGGGUCGGUAACUCGGGAAGACGACCAAGCGGGAGCGGGAGCCGGAGCGAGAGCGCGCGGGCGCGGCCGACAGCAGUGCCUGAUUCGAGAUGGGGUCCCAGGUCUCGGUGGAAUCGGGAGCUCUGCACGUGGUGAUUGUGGGUGGGGGCUUUGGCGGGAUCGCAGCAGCCAGCCAGCUGCAGGCCCUGAACGUCCCCUUCAUGCUGGUGGACAUGAAGGAUUCCUUCCACCACAAUGUGGCUGCCCUCCGAGCCUCCGUGGAGACAGGGUUCGCCAAAAAGACAUUCAUUUCUUACUCGGUGACUUUCAAGGACAACUUCCGGCAGGGGCUAGUAGUGGGGAUAGACCUGAAGAACCAGACGGUGCUGCUGCAGGGCGGCGAGGCCCUGCCCUUCUCUCAUCUUAUCCUGGCCACGGGCAGCACUGGGCCCUUCCCAGGCAAGUUUAAUGAGGUUUCCAGCCAGCAGGCUGCUAUCCAGGCCUAUGAGGACAUGGUGAGGCAGGUCCAGCGCUCACGGUUCAUCGUGGUGGUGGGAGGAGGCUCGGCUGGAGUGGAGAUGGCAGCAGAGAUUAAAACAGAAUAUCCUGAGAAAGAGGUCACUCUCAUUCACUCCCAAGUGGCCCUGGCUGACAAGGAGCUCCUGCCCUCCGUCCGGCAGGAAGUGAGGGAGAUCCUCCUCCGGAAGGGCGUGCAGCUGCUGCUGAGUACGUGCACCCUCACCUCCCUCCCUGCCCUGCCCUGGCCUGGUGAGAUGUGGCUUGGAGGCUUGGUGACUGCUUCCAGCAGGAGGGUGGCUACGGUCCACCCCAGGCUCUCUCUUUUCCACUGUGUCCUGGGGUGGAGCAUGAAGCGCUCAGAAGAGGCCAUGAACAUCAAAGCCCAUCUGAGCCUUGACCAGCUGGAAGUUGUGCCCGUCCCUGGGCAGGGAAGAGGGCCUGGUGAGCGGGUGAGCAAUCUGGAGGAGCUGCCUCUCAAUGAGUAUCGAGAGUACAUCAAAGUGCAGACGGACAAAGGCACAGAGGUGGCCACCAACCUGGUGAUUCUCUGCACCGGCAUCAAGAUCAACAGCUCCGCCUACCGCAAAGCGUUUGAGAGCAGACUGGCCAGCAGUGGUGCUCUGAGAGUGAACGAGCACCUCCAGGUGGAGGGCCACAGCAACAUCUACGCCAUUGGUGACUGUGCCGACGUGAGGACGCCCAAGAUGGCCUAUCUUGCCGGCCUCCACGCCAACAUCGCCGUGGCCAACAUCGUCAACUCUGUGAAGCAGCGGCCUCUCCAGGCCUACAAGCCGGGUGCACUGACGUUCCUCCUGUCCAUGGGGAGAAAUGACGGCGUGGGCCAAAUCAGUGGCUUCUAUGUGGGCCGGCUCAUGGUUCGGCUGACCAAGAGCCGGGACCUGUUCGUCUCUACGAGCUGGAAAACCAUGAGGCAGUCUCCACCUUGAUGGAGAGGCCAGGCGGGAGAACUACCGCAGCAGGUGGGCGUACGGACUGCUUGGCGCAUGGCACCCGCCUGGCAAGUGCUAGAACUAAUGCUAUUCUUCUGGAAUAAGAUGCCAAUGAUGUGGUGGCUAGAAAUGCAACUUGUAUAAAACAAAAAUGGGAGAGAGAGAGGCAUUAAACAAAUACCCCCCUUAGAGGAUA